CUUUCAGAGGAGUGGAUGCCUUUGUUGCAGUUCCUUAUUUCACAUAUGUAAUUAAAGACAGGAAUAAUCAGUUUGAAUGUAAGAUGAAUACUGAUUCAGCAUCAGUCAUAAGUCAUAAGUUCUUUAAAAUCUGAUCAGAGAGUACAACAUUUUAUGUUCCUCGCAGAUUCCCUUAAUUUUAAAUAACAUUUUCACUGUACAAUGUAGGUUUAAGUUCUUUAAAAUCUGAUCAGAGAGUACAUUUUAUGUUCCUUGCAGAUUUCCUUAAUUUGAAAUAACUAUUGCACUGUACAGGGUAGGUUUUCAAUGUCUCUCUGCUUGCUGUAUUUCAGUGAAUCCUGCAGUGGCACGCUGUGGCCCUCAGCUCUGUACAGCGUUGAGCCCCCUCCCUCUCAGACUCCCUCCCUCCAUUUCCCCACCCUGUGGUGCCUGGCUCAGGUGAAAAGUGCAGGCCUCACCCUCCUGCAUAAUGACAGUGGCCACGGGCGACCCCUCAGACGAGGCGGCAGCACACCCGGGCCACCCUCAGGACUAUGACGCCGAGGCAGAACAGGAGUGCUGUGAGAGAGUGGUCAUUAACAUUUCGGGCCUCCGCUUUGAGACACAGCUCAAGACCCUCUCGCAGUUUCCAGAGACUUUGCUCGGGGACCCCAAAAAGCGCAUGAAAUAUUUUGACCCUUUAAGGAAUGAGUACUUCUUUGACAGAAACCGGCCGAGCUUUGACGCCAUCCUCUACUACUACCAGUCUGGAGGAAGGCUACGGCGCCCCGUAAAUGUGACUCUGGAUAUAUUCUCAGAGGAAAUUCGGUUUUAUGAGCUUGGAGAGGAGGCUAUUGAGAUGUUUCGAGAGGACGAAGGUUUCAUCAAAGAAGAGGAGAGACCUUUACCUGAUAAUGAGUUCCAGAAGCAGGUGUGGCUUCUGUUCGAGUAUCCAGAAAGUUCAGGACCAGCAAGGAUUAUAGCCAUUAUAUCUGUCAUGGUGAUUCUUAUAUCUAUAGUCAGCUUCUGCUUAGAAACUUUGCCCAUCUUCCGUAGUGAUGAGGAGGAAAUGCAUAAAGCCCCCAAUUACAAUACCAAUUCCACCACCAACUACUCAUCCACCUAUUUCACCGACCCUUUCUUCAUCCUGGAGACGCUCUGCAUAAUCUGGUUCACCUUUGAGUUCCUGGUUCGUUUCUUCGCCUGUCCCAGCAAAGCCAGCUUCUUUGUGAAUAUAAUGAAUAUGAUCGAUGUGGUGGCCAUCAUCCCCUAUUUCAUCACACUAGGAACAGAACUGGCAGAAAAAGCAGAGGAUGGUCAGCAAGGGCAGCAGGCCAUGUCUUUAGCCAUCUUGCGAGUCAUCAGGCUGGUGAGGGUCUUCAGAAUCUUCAAGCUCUCUCGCCACUCCAAGGGACUCCAGAUUCUGGGCCAGACCCUGAAGGCCAGUAUGAGGGAGCUUGGCUUGCUCAUCUUCUUUCUUUUCAUUGGAGUCAUCCUCUUCUCCAGCGCUGUCUACUUUGCUGAGGCAGACGAACCCGAAUCCCAGUUCUACAGCAUCCCUGAUGCCUUCUGGUGGGCUGUGGUUACCAUGACGACAGUUGGCUAUGGAGACAUGGUACCGACCACUAUCGGUGGGAAGAUUGUUGGUUCUCUUUGUGCCAUUGCUGGUGUGCUGACCAUUGCCUUGCCUGUUCCUGUCAUUGUCUCAAAUUUCAAUUAUUUCUACCAUCGUGAGACAGAGGGCGAGGAGCAGGCCCAGUAUCUCCAGGUUAACGUCCCCAAAGCUGAUUCCCAAGAAGAGCUAAAAAGAAGUCGAAGUGGUUCCACCAUCAGCAAGUCUGAAUAUAUGGAAAUCCAGGAAGGGGUGAACAACAGCAACGAGGAUUUUCAGGAGGAGGACCUCAAAAAAGGCAAUUGCACUCUAGCCAACACAAACUAUGUCAAUAUCAAAAAAAUGCUCACAGAUGUGUAAUCAACUGGGAUUAUGCUAAUGACCAGUGAGACGGCCGCCUCAGACUAUAGAAGUUUUUGAAACUGUAAAGCAAUGCACUAAAGAUGAUCAAGAAGUGUCAGAACUUCUGCUAUUGAUAUGAGAUUAACAAUUUCACUCAGAGACCUCAAGAACAGACCAGCCCUCCAUAAGAUCCAUAUCCAAAUAUUGAUCCGAGUCUGCAUGCAAUUAGCUUUCGUCUUUGCGACUCUUAUUCAAAAUUCCCAAACAUCCCACAAUAAUAGCCAAACUGUAGAAACUACAGGAGGAAGAA